AUGAGCUUUGCUUAUGGAGUCCAAUAUCCGGGCUAUGCACAGGCUUAUCCUGGCAUGUAUGCGCCAGUCCCUCCGGCAGCACAGGCAGCAGCGGCACAGGCGCAGGCGCAGGCGCAGGCGCAGGCGCAGGCCGCGGCCUACCCGCAAACCUUCAACUUUGCCCCCAGCCAGCCGCAAGCUUCGCAAGAGAGCUCUAUGUGGCGGCUGGUGGUGUCGGGCUGCCGCCAUGACACCGUAGCUCAGAUCGUGCGGGGCCAAUAUACGCGAAGCGGCGAAAAUCAUGGGCAUCCCGUCUUCAAGAAGGAGAGCCAGUGGAAUGGGCUGGAUGUGAUGAUUUACUACUGGGACGAACGCGAUGGUCCCUCGUUCUCCGGGUGGUGGUUUGGGCCCAAGGUGGGGGGUGACCAAGUUUGGGCGUACCAGCCAGACAAGGAGUCGGAGCCUCCUGCUAGUGGCUGGCGUGUCCCCUACGAUGGCCCCGUGGACAACACAUUCAUCCUCUACCCAGCGCCCGGGGGAGCGCCCACGCCCACGCCUGCGCCCGCGCCCGCAGUGAUUCCUGUCCCGACAGCACCUAGCUACGAUGGCUAUGCCUCUGCCCCGCAGGGCUAUUCCUGGGGUCAGCCUGCCUACUCCAUGCCCCCUAUGCAUGCAGGUCAUGCAGCACCCCCCACAUCGCCGUGGGCUUCCAGUGAGAGCCAGAAGCGGGAGCAAGAGCAGCGGCAGCGAGAGCUGCGGGAACGAGAGAUGCGCGAGCGCGAGAAGCAAGAGAGGGAAAGGCAACAGAUGGAGGAGAGGAGGAGGAACGAAGCAGCCAGGAGGGAGGCUCAGGCCAAGGCCCAGGCUGAGGAGCGGAGACGAAAGGAGGCUGAGAUGAAAGCCCAGCAGGAGAAAGCGCAGCAAGAGCUUGAGAAGAGGAAGCAGGAGCAGCGCUCGGUUUUGGCCAUCCGCCGCCAGAUUCAGAAGGUGCGCUCCGCCCCGCCCGAAACCCUGGAUGCCAUGGAGAAGGAACUGAAGGACCUCCUCCAGGCAGAGACGGAAGGGAAGGCCCUGAGCCCGCAGUUGCAGGCGGUGUCAGAGGAGGCACAAGUUGGCAUGGAGCAAGCGCGGAAGCGCUGUGAAACCCUCCUGCAGAUGCGUCGGAAGCAGAACGAGGAGGAGGAAAAGGCCAAGGCCUUCGUGGGGGAGCUGACCCGUCGGCUCGAAGAGGCUGAGGGGACCCUCAAGGAGUUGCACCAGAUCCUAGCAGAACAUCUCAAGGAGAAGAUCGAGAUGGAGCCCGGAGAGGGUGACAAUGGUGAGAAGGCCACCAAAUCGGAGGCGAAUCCGAAAGCUGAUGCCCUGAAGUUCUUUUCGGCGACGGAGUUGCAAUCUCUGCGGGUGGAAAGCUCGGAGGAGGCAGCGAUGCUGGUGCAGCGGGCCAAAGCGGCCCAUCGGAAAGCUGAGGCAGCAGCCUUGGACUGCGGCGGCUACGCGUCUGCCAACGUGAAACUCAGGGAGGAGCUCAAGGAGGAGAAAGCAUCGGAGUGCUUGAAGCAGGUGCCCUUGUUGUUGCGGCGGCUGCAGGGCACCCGGCAAACCGGAGAGAUGUACCUGGAGGCGGUUCUGCAUUGUGAGAAAGGCUUGAAGCGCCGGGGGGCUGCUGAGCAAGAGGAGUCCAGGCGACGGAGCCUCUUCCAGAGCUUCCAGAAGGGCAGCAAGGGGGUUCUGUCCCUGGAGGAGACGAAGGGUCUGGCGAAAUCUCUCCUGAAGGACUCGAAGGCGAAGGUCAGUGACAAGGCUCUACAGCGCAUUGUCCGGGGAGCAGUCGCUGAGGAGCUGUCAGGCCUGAGCUUCGAGGACUUCCACUUGCUGGCGACCUCCGUGGGCAUCUUCCGGGAGCUGGAGCGGGACACCAAUCGCCGGCUGGCGAGGGAGGCAAAGCAGAAGCUGCAGUCCACCCUCCAGAGCAAAUGGCGCCGGCGAGUCCAGGACCUGGAGAGCGGCGAAGGUGGGGGAGGCGCGGACCUGGAAGCGGCCUUGGCAGAAGUGGAGGUGGCGGUGGCACCGCUGCUCGCCGAGGCUGCCGAGGCCCCCUUGGAGAAGAUGCAGGUCCGGGCCGACGAGUGCGAGGCUCUGAUCCAGAAGGGCCAGGCGCAAGCAGAGCUCUUCCAGAAGAAGGUCCAAGCUUUGCCACAGGCCUUCCGCAAGGAGGCUGAGAAGGUGAAGCAGGGAAAGGACGGAAACGAAAUGCCCGUGGCGGAGCUUGACGCGCUGAUGGCCGAUCACCAGAAGCGCCUAGUGCUACGUAUAGGUCGGACAGGCCAGCGCCUGGAGCGCGCCAAGCGACUCACGGAGCUCUACCGGAUCAAGGCGCAGCGGAAGGAGAACCGGGCCGUGGAAGCCGCUUGGGUCGAUUUGGGCGAAGCGCUGCGAACCCAAAUGCGGACGAAGGGCCUGAAGGCGGACCAGCUUUUCAGAAGCAGCCUCGAGAAGAAUGGGGAUGAAGAGGAGGAGAAGCUCGAGCUUUCGGAGGAGGCCUUCCUCCGGCUGUGCAAGCAAUCCUCGGAAUCCCCGCUCUCCCCGAAGAUGGUGGCAAAGGUCUUCCAGAGGGCGCUGCCCGCAGAGGCGGAGGCCCUGCCGCUGUGUGCUUUCGAGCGUUUGCUCAAGACUUUUUACAAGGUACAGCAAGACACCCCGCUUACGAAGGAUACGGUGGUUUCCGGCACCAACGCGCUGCGGGUCCUGCGGGCCGGGGAGCUCGUGGAACUCCUCGAUGAGCAAACGCCCUCCGAGGCACCGAACGAGGCGCCCAGCGAGACGCCCAAGGAGACCCCCACUGAGCCCAAGGACGUGGAGAACGUGGAGAACGCGGAGAACAUGGAGCAGAAGGAUAAGGAGACAGAGACCGACACAGGGAAGGAGGUCAAGGAGCCCAAGCAGCCCAACGAGGUGCGGAUCCGCUGCCGCGCGCGCGAGGGCCUGGAGGGCUGGGCGACCAUGGCUCACCUGCGUCCGAGCCCUCUCCGGGCCUACACCGCCCGACGCCGCUGCCAGCUCUCGGAGAAGAAGCUCGUGGAAGAGCCUGAAGAUGCCAACGUCUUGGGCGUCUUGCUGGAGGGCGAUGUGGCUGAGCUCCUGGACGAAGCAAAAGAAAAGACAUCAGAGGAAGGGCCUGAGGUGUCGUUUGGCUACGUCCAGACCCGUUGUGGAAAGUAUGGUUGGGUCGCCUAUUCCGACCAGGUCCUUGAGUCCUUCUGA